UCCUAUAGAUACGGGUUUUGGGUGUCUCUCUACAGACCGAAAAAAUUUAAAAAAAAUGGCGGCAUUAUCAUCUCAUCUCUUCUUAGCACUCCCUUCGAUGCGUCUCCGUACACCUCCUCCAGCUGCACCAAACCGGAACCGAGUUCGUGUUCUUGCUAAAUCAUGCUCGGAGAACAAAACGCAGAUCUCAGUCCUAGAAGAGAUAUCCAAGUCACUUGAUGAAGCUAAACCAGUCAAAACAAGCUCAGCAGAGCCCCAAAAGAGUAAUGUGAAGAGGAGUGGCAUGGACAAUGUUGAUCCUCACACAUCACAGAAACACCAAGAUGUCGUGGCAAUGGUCGGGCUAGAUGCAAUGAAAAGAGCAAACUCUACACUUGAGGAUUUCUUCAGGUCUUAUUUCCUGUUCCAUCGGUUGGAUAUUAACGAACCACAGUCAAUAUUCAGAUAUUUACCCGUGCUUUCAUUCACAGAGAGUUACAUAUAUCAGGUUAUAAUUUAUAGUGAAUAUGGAUGGAAUGCUGAAUCACGAGCUUUGUUUGAAGCGGAUCCACUGAAGCCUCUUGAAGAUCUGCUUGAACGUGAGGGUCUUUUGACACAAAGAAUACAACAAGAGUUUAAGUCAGGUGAAGAGUAUUGGGCUUUAGAAAGAGAGCUUUGUCAUGCUCUUUCAAACAAAGACAAGAUUUGUCUAGAAGAUGUGAUGAGAGCAAUUCAUUUAAAGUCUUUUGAUUACCGGGUGUUGAGUCUUCUACUAUACAAGUUGAGAGGAGAAGAGGUGAAUGAGUUGCAUAUGGACUUCUCGUCAGUAUCAGAAUUCCUGGUGGAAAUAGCAGAUGAUCUGUUCGAUUACGAGGACGAUGUGCUUGAGAACAAUUUCAAUGUAUUAUGUAUGUUUGUGGGAAUGUUCGGCGCAUCGAAUGCCCCCACUGAACUGGCGAAGCAGAUAUCAGAAGCUGAAGUGAAGUAUGAAGAGAUAAAGAAAUCCUUGGAUCCACAUUUGUCUUCAAAGUACCAAAGAAGCUGUGAAGAAUCUACUAAAGCAGGUGGGAAAAUAUCUGGUAAUUCGGUGGGAACAUGGAAUAUACCGGCGGUUAUCUCCGACGAAGAAGCAUACCGAGCUGCUGCUCAACGGUGAAAAAAAAAAAAAAAGACAGUUGUUAUAAAUGUUGGGUUUGACAAAGUCUGAAGAUGAAUAAGUCAAGCGAAUUUGAAUAAGUAAACUCUGUUAGAGUCUGUUUCCGUUUUUUAUUCCUGCAGUUUCUCUUUCAAUUAUUGUAAGGCUUCUAUAAAAGCUGGAAUUCUCUUUUGAUUCUCUAUAUACCAAGUAUUCAGACUA